AUGAAUCGCUCUGGCCCGUACGAGUUUGAGAUCGUACCGUUCUCCAAGAUCAAUCCUAACGACUACAUGACCAUCUCCAUCCGUGGGGUGACCCACUACUCGAAUGGAGAGCUCGACUACCAGGACCUUGCUGACUGGCAGCGGGACCAGGACAUGUACAGGAAGAUCAUUGAGAUCCCCUUCUUCAAGAAAUAUCAGCGGUGGAAGCUGUUUUCCGUGUGGAAGAGCGCCAUGCGCAACCAGCGUGUGCAGAAGUGCUCCAGGACGCUAAAUGCCCACCUCUUCGCCUUGGACCCCACGUUGUGUGAUUCGCUGCUCCGCUGCCGCAGAGAAUGCGUCAAGAUCAGCAGCUGGAAUCUCCUGGAGGCGGUGUCUGAUAGUGUGCCAAAAGCAAAUGUGGAGCUCAAAGUGAAAGGUGAACCCAAUGACGGUCUACCAAGUGGAGGAGUGAGUCUGGCUCUGCUGUGCACGACCACUUUUCCCAACUUCGCCAUCUUGACAACUGUCACCACUGUAAUCGGUUCAGGAGUUCGAAGAGCAGCAGAGGCAAAAGCGAAAGCAGAUGGCUGCGGACCUCCAGGAGGCCCCCCACGGAAGGAGUUUGUUUUCAGCAGCUCAGGCAUGAAGGUUGGUGAAUUCGAAUCCUUGAAGGUUUGGGAGAAGAUCAAAGACGAACUUCAUCAGUCUUGCAGCAACAGCCUUCAAGACUUCCUCAAAAAGAAUGGCUUUGGCCAGCGUGGCUCCGGGGAGGAGGAGCGUGAGGAAGGAGACGAGGGAGACCAGGACUGGGGGUUUUGCAGCUUUGGAGAAGUGAAAACAGUAUUCAAACGUGUUUCAGAUGUGUCCAGAAGCCGCGGGUCAGUCAGCACGGCCUUAAAGGACGGUGGAGGCAUGUCCUACACCGAGCGGGCCACAACCCGAACGCAGUGCAGAAAGCUGACGAAGUGCCCUCCCGAUCAUUGCAAGUCGCUGCAAAACGGUGUUGGACUCUCGUUUGCAUUGUACAGGCUAGCGGCUAAUGGCUCAAUCAUCUUGAGGUUCAUUCGCAUGGUGCAGUUCCUCUUCAAUGAUGCCGUGUCGCAAAUGGUGGUGCGUACCACAACAACGAAGUUUCAAGAGCUGCUGGAUGCCUUCGUGGAGGACGUGGAUGCGCAGGAGGCGUUAGCCCUCACAGAAGGGGAAGGUGAAAAGCCUUCAGAGGAGAAGAAGGAGGAGUCCAAGGGUGGAAGGAAGCCCAACUUCAAUGUCGAGUGCCUCCUGGAGAGCGGAGCGCUGGUGUUCAAGCCAUCGGGCAAGAGGGUCUGGGACGCCGUCGAGAAUGCCCUUCGGGAUGCUUUGCGGGCAGUGUCUGGCUGCCAUGCCUUCCUGCAGGCUAGUGACCAGUCCGAGAAAGAUCGGAUUCUCAUUCUUGGUGGCGGGAUCAUCGGGGUCUCCGUGGCCUACCAUUUGGCAUUGCGUGGACGCCGUGUGACGGUCGUGGAUCAUGCAGGUAUCGCCAGCUGCGCUAGUGGCAAGGCGGGCGGCUUUCUGGCCAGGGAUUGGAAUGACGGGACACCUCUACGGGACCUUACGCGGAAGAGCUUUGACAUGCAUGCUGAAGUGGCCAAGGACCUCGGAUUGAAAUCCUACAGACGGCUCCGUUGCAAGGCAGUGACCGUGGACGGCGACUUCUCCAAACCUGCCUCCCGUAAGUUGGCCUCUCUGGAGUGGGUUGACACCGCCCAAGGUGAGCGGUCCAUGGGAGAUGAGACCACGAUUGCGCAGGUGCACCCGAAAGACUUGACGGAUGCUAUGUGGAAAGCUUGCCAGAAGAAGGUUGGGUCCGAGUUCAUGCUGGGCACAAUCAACGAGGUCUUGACAGACGACUGCGAGCAGGGCAAGCGAGUCAAGGGUGCCAUGGUGAACGGAGAAGACGUGUUGGCGGACACCGUUGUUUGCUGUAUGGGUCCCUGGGCCCAAGUGCUCCGCCUGAUGCAUCCACAGUUUCAGGUUUAUGGCGUCAAGUAUCACAGCGUUUUGCUGCAGAGUGAGCGAGUCCUCUCAGAGGCCGUGUUCUUCAAUGGCAUGGGAAAUCCGGAGGUCUAUCCCCGUGGCAACGGGGAGAAUUACAUCACGGGCUUCCCCGACCCACCGACAGUGGUUGCUGAAACUCCAGGAAACGUCAUGGUGCGCGAGAAUGUCUGCCAACGGCUGAUCUCAACUGUACGGCAAGUCUCAGGAGACAUGAAAUCUGCCGAAGUCACAGGCAAGCAGUCGUGCUAUCUCCCUUUCACUGCAGACAGUCUUCCUGCCAUGGGACGGCUGCCUUCGAUUCAGGGGGGAUAUGUGUGUGUAGGACAUGGAUGUUGGGGAAUCCUUAACAGCCUAGCAAGUGGCCUGGGAAUGUCCGAGCUGAUCGUGGAUGGAAGUGCCACCUCGGUGGACAUUGAACCCUUCCGUCCCGAUCGCUUGUUGGCAGACUACGAGCCGGAGUGGGUGGAGGACUUCACGCCCUUCACUGCUCCCUUGGCGGAGCUGGGGGAUGCGCUGCCUCUCGAGGAACAGCAGCAGGAUCUCUUCAGCUUGGUCGCUCAAGACCCGAAGCACAAGGAGCUCAUGACCAACAUCACCAACCGAUACGACUGGCUCUUCGACAAGGUUGUGACCUACGCAAGCCGCUUCGAGGAGUUUGUGCAAAUCUAUGCGGAGAACUCCGAGCUGACGGACUGCAGUGUCACCUUUGCUGAUGCUUCGCUUGAUGACUUCCGAGAUGCCCUGGCAAAGUACCAGAAGCAGAAGGAGGAUAUCCGCAGCAUGGGCCGCACGAAGGACAUUGGAAUCUUCCGGCUUGAUUGCCAAGAGAUGCAGCGGAUGCUCUUGCCCUCGCCGACUGGCUGCUUCGACUUGCUGGCUCAGUACAUCCCCGAGUUGGCCAUGACGAGGAGGGCGGAGCUGAGUGCCGAGAUACAGGCAGCCAACGACAGGCUGAAGGAGUAUCCCAACAACGUGGACGAAUACGUUGAGUUUAAUGUCCACUUGGCGAAGAUCGAUGCGUCGCUGCCAUCUCUGGAGAAGAGGUUUUUGGAGGUUCAAGAAAUGGCGGAGAUUAUCCGAGAGUUCGGCAUUCGGAUCGACAGUGAGACACGCAAGGCUUUCAACGACCUCGCCUCUGCCAAGAACCAGCUCAUGGCCCAGGUGUCAAGUGGCAAGGAGCGGGCUGAGGUCGACGUGGCGCACUUCAGCAAGGCCCUGGAGGUGGAAAUUCCGGAGCUUCGCAGGAGCGUGGGCGAGCAGCAGUCCAGGUUGGAUGCGCCGGAUCUGUCGGAUACCUCCAAGAUGUCUGCUGAAAGCCGCAAGGAAGUGCUUGCCUUCUUAGACGAGCUGCAAGAACAUGUCAACCAGUCUGUUGAAGAAGCGGCGAAGUUCAACCGCUACCAAGACGUCCUCAAGCUUGAGCCAACUGCUUUCGAAGACGUGGAGGAGCUGAAGGCACGGAAAGAAAGCGGGGUAAGUGUGAAGGAGGUGGCCGUCCAGUCCGUCAAGGCAAUGCCCGACAACCAGGUUCCACAGAUAUGGGGCGAGUCGGUCACACAGUUCAAGAACACGCUUCCGGUGGUCGUAGCGCUGAGGAACAAGGCACUCAAGCCUCGGCAUUGGGAGAUGAUCACCUCCAUGAUUGGUCAAGAGCUGGAACUCGAAGACGAGGAGUUCACGCUUGGUGGUCUUCUGGCCAUGGGUGUGGACCAGCACAUGGAGGCAAUCCUGGAUGUGUCCGGCAAGGCCACGGCCGAGCAAGGCUUGGAGGAGAUGCUUGACAAGGUGAAGAAGACGUGGGAUGAUUUGGAGUUGGUCAUCAAUCCAUACAAGGACAGCAAGGACGUCUUCGUGCUCGGUUCUGUCGAAGAUAUCACUGUGGCCCUCGAAGACUCUUUGGUCACCAUUUCCACGAUCGCUGGCAGCCGCUACGUUGGUCCCAUUCGUGGUGAGGUGGAGCAGUGGCAAAAAGACCUCCUCCUGUUCCAGGAGACCCUGGAUGAGUGGCUGAAUGUGCAGCGAAACUGGAUGUACCUGGAGUCUAUCUUCAAUGCUGGAGACAUCAAGAAGCAGCUCCCAGCCGAGUCUGCCAAGUUUCAAGAGAUUGCAGACUUUCGGCUUCGUAGGCCAGUCUUGGCAUUCAUCUCUUUGACGGAGUCGUACGAGUACGCCGUGGCGCUCAAGGCUGCCACAAAGCCCGGCCGACUGGACCUCUUCAAGAAAGCGAGCGAGACCUUGGACCAGAUCCAGAAGCAGCUCGAGGACUACCUCCUGUCCAAGUGCGUUGCCUUCCCACGUUUCUUCUUCUUGUCAAAUGAUGAGCUGCUGGAGAUCUUGUCGCAGGCAAAGCGUCCGCAGGCAGUGCAGCCACACCUGCGGAAGUGCUUCGACAACCUGGUGAAGCUUAGGUUUGGGGAUGGUUCCAACUCUACGGACAUCCAUGCCAUGAUCUCCGGGGAGGGUGAAGAGAUCCCCUUCUUCAAGAUGCUCAAGGCAUCUUGGCGGGGCUGGGGCCGGGUAGAGAUCAUACGGAAUGGUGUGGAAAAAUGGCUCAGCGCAGAGGGUGGCGUCGAGGAGUACAUGGUGAAGACCUGCCGGGCGGAGGUGAAGAAAGGUUGGGAGACCUAUGCGCUCGAGUCGGAUCGCAAGGAAUGGGUUCGAAAGCAGUACUGCCAGGUGAUGAUCACCGUGGGCUCCAUCUACUGGACGCUGGAGACCGAAGAGGUGUUGAACGCCACGGAAGGCAACAAGGUCAUCCUCAUGGGCAAGUGGUUCCAGAAGAACAAAGCACAGCUGGGAGGUCUGACGGAACUGAUUCGCGACAAGCUGCACAAGCUGCAGCGUGCCGGAGUGGUUGCGCUUGUGACGCAGGACGUGCACAAUCGUGACAUCAUCCAGGACGCGCAGCCAGUUCGUGGUGUCAUGCUUGUUGGCAGCUGCCCAAACGUGCACGGAAUGCUGCGAGACCUCUUCGACAACAAGAUCACCAGCUUCCAGAACUUCAAGUGGCAGCAGCAGCUGAGGUACUACUGGGAUCCAGAGUUGGAUGGUGGCCACGGUGACUGCUGCAUCCGCCAGGUGGAUGCUUUCAUCAUGUACGGCCAUGAGUACAUGGGCACCUCGGCUGUAGAAGUGAUAAGACCGGCCCUUCACAUCAAGUUGGGUGCAGCUCCGGCAGGGCCAGCUGGAACAGGCAAGACGGAGUCCACCAAGGAUCUGGCCAAGGGGCUUGCUCGGCAGUGCGUCGUCUUCAAUUGCUCAGACCAGAUCAACUAUCAGAUGAUGGGCAAGUUGUACAGCGGGGUGGUGAGUGCGGGCGCCUGGACUUGCCUGGACGAGUUCAACCGCAUCUCCAUCGAAGUGUUGUCGGUGGUUGCUCAGCAGGUCCUUGAGAUUCGGCAGGCGCUCUUGCAGGAUCUUUCAGACUUCGUCUUCGAGUCCAGGCAGCUGAAGGUGAAGAACACAUGCGGCAUCUUCAUUACCAUGAACCCGGGAUACGCUGGACGAACUGAGCUGCCAGACAACCUGAAGGUGCUGUUCCGGCCCGUGGCGAUGAUGGUGCCAGACUACACCCUCAUUGCUGAGAUCAUGCUCUAUGCCGAAGGCUUCGGUGCGGCGAAGGUGUUGAGCGGCAAGUUCACCAAUCUGUACAAGCUCUCCUCGGAGCAGCUGUCCAAGCAAGACCACUACGACUUUGGAAUGCGAGCUGUGAAGUCUGUCCUUGUCAUGGCUGGCAGCUUGAAGCGAGCAGACCCAGACGAGGCCCAGCAUGCUGUAAAUGGAGAAAGGCCUAGCAAGGUGCCCCUGCAGGUGCUCCCGAAACAUUGCAACCUCGCCUUGCCAAGUCUGGCCCAGUGCUGUCAGGAUGAGAACAUCUUGCUUAUCCGAGCCAUGCGUGACUCUAACGCCCACGACCCAGAGCUCACCGCAGAGCCCUGUAGCUCAUACGGAAAGCUGCUGUUGUGCACUGAGGUCCCGAAGUUCCUGUCGGACGACUUGCCUCUCUUCUUCGCAAUCGUGAAUGACCUCUUCCCUGGCAUCGAGGUGCCGUACUACGACUACGGUGCCCUGCAAGUGGAGAUCGAACGGGGUCUGCAGAAACAGCACUUGCAGGUGCAUGACAAGCUAGUGACCAAGACCAUCCAGCUUUUCGAAACCUUCAUGGCAAAUCUCCCAGUCCGCUUCGGCGUGAUGCUUGUUGGGCCCACUCUGGGUGGCAAGAGCGUGGACUACAAAACGCUGGCCAUCGCGCUGUCACAGCUUCGGGAAGACCAGAACCCGGACGAACGGUAUCAGAAGACCAAGUACCUGUGCUUCAAUCCCAAGGGUAUUACCAUGGGCGAGCUUUAUGGCGAGAACAACGAGUUAACGCAGGAGUGGACUGAUGGCCUUGGAAGCAGGAUCAUGCGAGGAUACCAGACCGAGGAGAGCCCCGACUACAAGUGGACGGUCUUCGAUGGGCCGGUGGAUGCCAUCUGGAUCGAGAACAUGAACACCGUCCUGGAUGAUAACAUGACCCUUUGCUUGGCCAAUGGAGAGCGCAUCAAGUUGAACUGGACGAUGCGCAUGCUCUUUGAAGUCGAGGACUUGCGCGUCGCCUCGCCGGCCACGGUCUCGCGCUGUGGUAUGGUGUACCUCACACCAUCGGAUCUGGGUUGGGAGCCCUUUGUGCGCACGUGGCUGAGUGGCUUGCCGGACGAGCUGUAUGGAGAGAAGGCGAAGGACAUGAUCUGGAGCUACUUUGAUACACACGUUCAGCGAGGCCUCGACUUCCUCCGGAAGAACGGCUCAGAACCAGUCACCACACAGGACACCCAGCUGGUGAUCUCUCUCUGCCGCCUCUUCCAGUCCGUGAUGAAUGAGGAGGCUGCGACUGCCAACAGCUGCGCGUCCAAAGAUGCACAGGUAGCUGAGGGGGAGCAAGUCCUUGCGCCGCGCAAGCUGACCAGCAUGGAGGCAGCCGAGUUCGAGAAGUUCCUGCAGCCGACCUUCUGCUUUGCUUUCACCUGGACUAUUGGGGGGAGCUGCGAUGCCAAGACACGAGGAAUGUUCGCCAGGGAGAUCGAGAACUGGUUCCCGAACGUGUCCAUGCCAAGGGGUGGAGGUCCCUAUGAUGGUUUCAUCAACUACCACGAAGGGCCGAAGUGGAAGAGUUGGACCGACAUCGUGCCGAAGUUCAUCUUCCAAGAGGGCGUGUCGUACUUCCAGCUCCUGGUUCCGAAUCCGGACACUGUCCGCUUCUCCUAUGUCAUGGACAGAAUGAUGACAACACAGAAUUCCGUGUUCCUCACGGGCAAUUCUGGUGUGGGCAAGAGCGUCAAUGUUGCCGCCCUCUUGGAGAAGAUGAAAGAGAUUGCCUCUGUCAUGCCCGUGUACAUGACCUUCAGCGCCCAGACCAAGGCAUACGAAACUCAGAUCAACAUCGAAAGCAAGCUGGAAAGAAAGCGAAAGACCUUGCUGGGUGCUCCGGUGAACAAGACGGUGGUGAUCCUCAUCGAUGACGUGAACAUGCCGCUGGUAGAAGAGUAUGGCGCGCAGCCACCCAUCGAGCUGCUAAGGCAGUUCCAAGACCAGAGGGGCUUCUUCGACAGGAAGAAGCAUGAAUGGAAGGACAUCGAGAACACCACCUUGCUCCUGUGCGCUGCCCCACCAGGCGGCGGUCGCAACUCGAUGACCGCCAGAUUCACGCGGCAUUCCCAGGUGCUCUGCAUGCCGCCUACCAGUGAAGAGGCCAUGUCCACUAUCUUUGGCUCCAUCAUCUCCGGCUUCCUGCAGCGCUUCAAGAGCGAGGUGCAGGGCCUGGCCAAUGCUUCGGUCCAAAGCACCAUCGAGAUGUACAACAAGUGCGGGGAUGAGCUUCUGCCAACCCCGACACGACCUCACUACACCUUCAACCUUCGUGACGUGUCGAAGGUUUUCCAGGGGCUACUCAUGGUGAAGCCGAUGCAUGUUACCAAUGCGGAAGCCUACACCAGGCUCUGGUACCACGAGCUCUCACGGGUCUUCUGUGACCGGCUUAUUAACAAGGCGGACAAGGAGUGGUUCUACAAGGCGGCGGCCGAGCAGCUGAAGUCAAGGUUCAGAGUCCUGGACACAGAUCCCGAGAUCUGGAAUUCCUUGAUGUGGUGCAACUUCCUCCGUCCGGUGGAGUCCCGAGUCUAUGAGGAAGCCAAGGACAAGACGAAGGCGCGCGUGACGCGUGAGCCUCGUGUGAGCCUUGAGAGUUCUCAGUCCGCAGAGUUGGUGACCUUUUGGCGUUGGCAGGUGCAGAAAGUCCUCGAAGAUGCUAAUGAUGAGUACAACCUCUCACACACGGCACAGAUGAACCUAGUUUUCUUCCAGGACUGUGUGGAGCACAUCAACCGCAUUGCCAGGGUGUUGGCGCAGCCUCGAGGCUGUGUUCAACGUUUCCUGCGGUUCCUGCAUGUGACACGGUUGGUAUGCGGCCAGCAGGAAAUCUUCUCCUUGUUGGUGUUGGCGGAAGUGGACGUUCCAGCUGUGCCAAGAUUUGUGCCAUGGACGAACGAGUUCAACAUCGCGCUCACAAAGGGCUACGGCAUCGACGCCUUCCGGGAAGAUGAGAAGAAGUUCCUGAUCUCGGCGGGAGCUGGAGCUGCGAAGGCGACGAUGUUCCUUCUGAGCGACACGCAGAUCAUCAACGAAACCUUCUUGGAGGACAUCAACAACAUCCUGAAUGCCGGAGAGGCGUUCCGGGUGCCAAACCUCUUCCCCAACGACGAGGUGGACAGAGUUAUCGGCGAUACCCGGCCGCGGGCGAAGGAGAUGGGCCGAAGCGAGGCCAAAGAUGCCGUGUGGCAGUUCUUUGUGGAGAGCGUGCGGGACAACUUGCACAUCGUCCUGACCAUGUCACCUGUUGGAUCUGCUCUGAGGGUGAGAAUGCGAAUGUUCCCGGCGUUGGUGAAUUGCUGCACCAUCGACUGGUUCCUUCCUUGGCCAGACGAGGCCUUGCUGGGGGUCUCGGCCAGACAGCUUUCGGGCAUGCAGGGCAUCAGUGAUGACUUGAAGGACUCCGUCUCACAGGCCUGUUGCUUUGUGCACCAAGAAGUCAUCCGAACCUCCGCCGUUUUCGAAGAGCGCCUCAGGCGCAAGGUGUACGUCACGCCCAAGUCGUACUUGGACCUGAUCAGCUUGUACUUGGAAAUGAUCCAAGAAAAGAAGGAGGAGAAGGACGUGUCCCUCAAGCGGUUGCAGACAGGCGUAGACAAGAUUGACGAGGCGAAUGAGUUUGUGAACAGUUUGCAAGAAGAGCUCACGAAGCUGGCACCAGUGAUUUCACAGAAGAUCAAGGAGGCUGAUGAGCUCGUGCCGGUUGUCACCGAGGAGCAGAAGAAGGCUGAAGUGAUAAAGGAGAAGGUCUCCAGUGAGGAGGUGGUUGUGAGGAAGCAGGCCGAUGAGGUGAAGGCCAUUGCGGACGAUGCGCAAAGGGAUUUGGACAUUGCCAUGCCGGCCCUUGAAAGUGCGCUCAAAUCCCUGGAUGCCUUGGACAAGAAAGACAUCCAGGAAAUCAAGUCCUUCGCCAAGCCUCCGCCGCUGGUGAUGCUGACAAUGGAGGCGGUUAACGUCCUUCUGCAAGAGAAGCCCGAUUGGGACACAGCCAAGAAGGUCUUGAACCGACCGACAUUCCUCCAGGACUUGAAGGCCUAUGACAAGGACAACAUCCCAGACAAAGUCUUGAAGCAGCUGACGAAGUACGUGACAAAGCCGGAGUACACUGUGGAAGCUGUUGGCAACCAAAGCAAGGCUGCCAAGAGUCUGUGCAUGUGGACUUACGCCAUGGAUACCUACUCCAAGGUGGCCAAGGAGGUGGAGCCGAAGAAGCAAAAGGUGGCUGAGUUGAACGAGCAGUUGGCCAAAGCCAACGCAGAGCUCAAGGCCAAACAAGACAACCUUCACGAGGUGGAGUCGCAGGUGGCUGCUUUGCAGAAGAAGUUGAACGACACCGUGUCUGAGAAGGACAGGCUGGUGGCAGAGGCGCAACUCACCAAGGAUCGAUUGGCACGGGCCGAUAUCUUGACGGUGGGCUUGAAGGACGAGGGUAUCCGAUGGCGUGAGACGGUGGCAAGCAUCCGCCAAGACAUCGUCAACCUCACCGGUGACGUCUUCCUGUCCUCUGCGUCCAUCUCUUACUACGGGCCUUUCACCGGUACAUACCGCAACGAUAUUGUCGAUGCCUGGCUGACGGAGCUGAAGCGGCUUCAGAUCCCCAGUGGCGAUACUUUCGACCUGCGCGAGGUCAUGGGGAACCCGGUGGAGAUCCGCGAGUGGAAUCUUCAGGGCUUGCCAACGGACGCCGUCUCCAUCAACAACGGUGUCAUGGUCGUUCGCGGCAAGCGCUGGCCUCUCAUGAUCGACCCACAGUCACAGGGCAACAAGUGGAUCAAGAAGAAGGAGGGCAAGGAGUUGAAGACCAUCAAGAUGACCAACCCCAAGAUGCUGCUGAUCCUUGAAGGUUGCAUCCGGACUGGUGCUCCGAUGCUUAUGGAGGACAUCGAAGAAACUCUGGAUCCGGCCUUGGAGCCCGUUCUGCUGAAGGCUGUGUACGAGGACAACAACCGCCUGCAGAUCAAGCUCGGUGACAGUGAGGUAGACUAUGACAAGAACUUCCUCUUCUACAUGACCACCAAGAUGCCGAAUCCCCACUACUUCCCGGAGGUGUGCAUCAAGGUGACCGUGAUCAACUUCACGGUGACCUUCGAUGGCCUGGAGGAGCAGCUCCUCAACGAGGUUGUUUCCAAGGAGAUCCCUGAAACGCUCCAGAGAAGGGUGGAGCUGAUGUUGCAGCUCGCCGAUGACAAGAAGGUGCUCAAGCAGCUCGAGGACAAGAUCCUCAAGUUGCUCUCCGAGUCCAGUGGCAACAUCCUGGAUGAUCAGGUGCUGAUCAGCACCUUGGGUGAGUCCAAAGAGACGUCUACAGCGGUCAACGAGCGAGUCAAGGCGGCCGAGGAAGCUGCCGUGGAGAUUGAUGCUGCGUGCAAGCAGUACACAGAGGUUGCGACACGGGGAAGCAUUCUGUACUUUGUCAUUGCCGAUCUUGCCAACAUCAACCCAAUGUAUCAGUUCAGCCUCUUCUACUUUGUGCGCCUCUUCAAGUCCUGCAUGGACAAGGCCUAG